CGCAUUUGUGCUUUUAUCUUUUACUUUAUUUCUUUCGUGUAUAUGGGUUGGUGAUGGGUGACAUUUCUAUGUUGUUGCUUCUGGCUAACGGCUGUGAAAAUCCAUGGACUGGAUGUGGAGUUUGCCUCGGGGUCUGUCUGGGAGACAUAGACCGGUUUUACUUGAAAACUAUGUUCUUUGGUGUCGUGAAUCGACCAUCAAUCUUGCUUCAUUUGCUUCAACGUUGACUCGUUUGGAUAUUUUCGAUAUAUCUGGGAACUCCCGGAGAGUGAUGCAGUGUAUGAUCUUGUGUUUACGUUCGUUUUUGGGCAUUCCGUCAUUCCAUCCCAUUUCCUUUGUCUAUAUGCCUUUUUCUUUCUAAGCUAUGCAGGUAAUGCCUAAACAUAGUUGUGAGAAUAGCUUUGGACACAGUCCUAUUUUAUCAUAACA